AUGACUCUCCCUCUCCAUGUGGAUCGAUAUGGACUAGCAAUGAACGGGAGUUUUCAGUGAAUCAUAACGUGUGUCUGUCUGUCUGUCCGUGUGUGUGUACCGCCUAGCCUUUGCGUGUGUGCGUCAGUGCGUCGUUCACACCUGGUGACGCAGUGGCUGACGCAGGUGCCUUACGCUGCUGUCUUGGAAACUAUCAAACGCCAUCAUGCCUUCUUGUUGGGCCCGGCCAUGAUCUGCUCCCCGCUGGUCAGCCCUCUCGGGCCGGGUGACAGGGUGCAUAAAGGCGCUGGGCAGGUGUGGCGGGCUAGCAGGGAGGGGAAGGAGGGUGUAAUACAGGGUGUGGCGCGCGCUGGCAUUAACUGUGGCGCAACUCCCUCGUCCCUUCACUAGUCCUCGCUAUUAUUUCUCUUCUCGGCCGUAGAUACGCACGUGGCUCGCUGUUCCCUUGUUUUAUCCUUAUCCACUUGUCAAGAGGGCUUAGCGACAUUCAGAUGCGGAGUUUCCUUCCCGCCGAGGUGCCCCUCCUGCCACACCAGCAGCUGUGUUGAUACUGCACCACCACCCUCCUCACGCCAGCCUGGCGGAGCCUCCUCCCGUGGGGCGGCACUGGCGGCGGCAGGGGCGUCGGUGGCGUCGUGGGGCAGCGGCAGCGGCGGCGGGCGGCAGCAGCAGACAGCGGCGGGGUUCGGACGUGGCGGCCGCCUCGACAUUACUGGAACAUGUUGUUGAUGUUUGUGACGCAUCUGUAAACAAAAUGGCCAAGUUAUCUAGCGAGGAGAGGGCACUCUUCCCGCUAACAGACAUUGACGGAGUGGUGAAGCUAUUCAGACUUCAUUUAGAGAAGAACAGUGAGCCAAACCUUGCGAUAUUGUCCAUAAUCGUGGGACACAUUGAAAACACGCUGACGUGCUCCCGGGGAGUGUCGGAGCCGCCAGUCUCUUAUGAGGACGAGUUCUCGGACGGCAGGUUCUCGGAGAACCACCACGUCCUUCCCUGUGUCGAGUAUGAGACGGUGGAGGCGUUACACCAGCGGUUCUUGGCUAUUAUCAAGGCACACGUGGAUGUGGCCUCCUUCGGCAGCCCGCGGUACGCUACCCGGGAGCUGGUGAAGCGGAUCUCAGACGUUGUGUGGUGCACGCUCUCCAGCAGCUACUACAAGGACAGGGCGCACCUGCAGUCCAUCUACAGCUACAUGACAGGAGCCAAGCUGGACAGCUCAGGCACCACGCUGGCAGUAGUGGCGGCGUGCCAGGCACUAGGUUACUACGAUGUGCACCUUGCCCUCUCAGAGGACCACACCUGGGUGGUGUUUGGAGACAAGGGACAACAUACCGUUGAGGUCACGUGGCACGGGAAGGGCAAUGAAGACAAGAGGGGUAUACCGGUGACGCACGAUGUUUACAGCAAGUCUUGGCUCUAUGUCAAUGGGCAGCCAGUGGUGUGCAACAGACACAUGGAGGUGGCGACGAUAGUGUCUAACAUGAACCCUGGCAUCAACGCCACCACAGACUCUGAAGAGGUCAUGUUGCUACAACAAGCACUGCUGUGGAUGCUGUACGAUGCUGGCCACCUCACCAAGUACCCCAUGGCCAUAGACAACCUGGGUGACCUUGAAGAAAUGAUGCCCAGCAAAGGAAGAGCACCAGCCACACGCAUGUAUGAGGAGGCCAUCACAAGUGCUGUGCGCUACUACCACAACCAGCACGUGUACCCAUACACCUACUUAGGGGGCUACUGCUACCGAAACAAACUCUACAAGCAGGCCCUGAAAUAUUGGGCUCGAGCUGCUUCAGUUAUCAAAAACUACAACUAUUCAAGAGAUGACGAAGAAAUUUACAAGGAAUUCCUAGAGAUUGCCAAUGAACUGAUUCCACACAUCAUGCGCGUUGUGAGCUCAGGCAUCUCUGCACGAUCAAUUCUGAAGGACCCAGAGUGCUUUGGGUACCUUCUGGAGUUCUAUGAUGGAAUCUGUGAGUGGGAGGAGGGCUCAGCCACCCCGGUGCUGCACAUUGGCUGGGCAAAAGCGCUCUUCAACACGAUCGCCAAGUUUGAUGCGCAUGUCAGGUCACACGUCAAGAUAUUCUGUGUGGACCCUGAUUCUAAUGAAAUCACCGAGGAGCCAGAGCAGCCUGCGCUGGAGAAGACUGCAGCUGAAGCCAGGUCAUCUCAAGACCAAAAUGGCAACAUGGCAGCUGAUUGUGCAACCUUCACUGAAGAGGAAAUGGACCCCAGUGAAAUGAUGCACCGUUGGCCACCAGUGAGACUUGCUUCAGCCAAAAUGCGAGGACUAAGAGACCUGUUACUGGCUGACAAGCUCAACUCCCAGGCCAUCUCCCUCCAGCUCACAGCACAGUCACAGGUGACCAUGACGAAAAAGAGAGGGAGUGUUGGAGAGGUAGAGAGCAGCCACCAUGUUGGAAGAUCUAAGAGAUCGCGGAGAGACUGAGAUCCGGCCUGGCUUGGGGGGCAACUGUGCUGGGAGGAGCAGCAUCAGCAUCAGCGACAGUAGUAAGUCAGCACUCCAACAAAGUGAGCUGCCACACACCGAGGUAGGAAGGAUUAUGUAUUAUGAUAUUUGUUGAUUAAUACCACUCAAGCAAAUUUUAUGUAAAGAUAUGUAGGAACUUUUAUUUCCUGACAGUGUGAUAGUUUUCAGGCAUGAUUUUCAGAAUGUUAACCUUAUUUAUUUUACAAGUCAUUAUGGUUUAGGUUCUUAUAGAAACCAUACUGUAGUGCUAUGUUAUUUAUUGAAGGAGGUAUUGUUUGAGUGGGAGAAGGGCUGUUGUCAUUUCUACCCCACUGAGAAGGAAGUUUCUUUCUUAAGUGACUGCUGUCUGAAGGUCCUACAUAUUUUUGGUCUUUAGUCAUGAAUCUUGGGUACAUUUUCUUUAUACUCUAUAUUUAUGUACAAAAAGAUAUAUAUAUAUUUAACAUUCUGGUGAUUUUUGUAUUACCACACCAAGUUUAGAAAGACCUUUAGAGAACAGUCAGUGAGUGGCUUACAGUAUAAUUCUAGGUCAUUUUGUAAGGUGGCAAAUUACUCUUGACACAGCCACAGGAGGGUUAGGGUAGAGUAUCCAUGGUGAUAGUCAAAAUUAGAUUUUAUUUUUAAUGUCUUAACCAAAGUUCUUAAAUUUCCUUUAAAUUUGGGAAAAGGAUUUUUAUACAAAGUUUAUGUAGAUAAUUAGAUGCCAUUUCCUGAUUGAGAAAUGUGCCACAUUGAUUAGGAGUAGUGAUAUUAUUUAUUUUAAGAGGUUACUGACGAACGUUAAGUAAUUGCGUCAUAAUCCAAAGGAAUGGCUAUUAAGCUUUUUAUGUUUGUUGUCUAAGAGAAAUCAAAGAUUAUUUUUGAAAUGAUGUAUAUGGAUAUGAUUAUUGUUAACUACAUGUAACUGUAGUGUCUUUCUUUAGCAUAGUCAUAUGGCCAUACAACUAUUACUGGGAGAAAAUGGUGGCAAGCACAAGCAGACCUGUUGAUGGCAUUGUUAUUCUGUUGCUGUAUAUCACAUACUGCCUUGGAGACUACCCCCAAGAGACAUAGGCCCCUCUUUGCCCUGUCCCUGUGUUAGGGGGCAUGCAGGGGACUGUUGAGGUGUUGUGGCAGGCAGGCAGGCAGGCUCUUGAUACCUCUUCCCCUCAACGUUCAUGUCCAGUCUUGGUAGCCUGUGAUGGUUUACAUGCAGAGGUUUAUGUGUACAUCACAUUCAGGGGAAUUUUCUUGAUUUAAGGUGCUGGUAUAAGUACAAUUGUCUUUGCAAAAAAAUGGUAUUGAUAAGACUGUGGAUUCCUAAAUAUCGCUUGCUAGAUAUUAUACGUUUAGAUAUUUAUGCCUGCGUGUCGUAAUGCACAUUGUUACGUUGGAGUGUGGGAUAUUCUAUCAACCCCAAAAUACACUGUAUAUUCAAUUUGUAUUGGAGUCUAGAUUAAUUUAUUUGUACAUAUUGUACCUUUCCUAUUAAGUACUGGCAAUAAUCAUAUCAUGUUAUGUUACACUGUUUGCAACGUUGAGUUGGCUUCCCCUUGCAUGGGUGCUCUUCCUGGGCCUUGGAGGAUAGCACCCUCCAGGUCCAUCACCUUGGAUGUGACAGCAAGACAACAGCAGCACCCACAGCCCAAAAUUGUGAAAUACAGUCAGCCUAUGUGGUCUGCUAAGUGUCACUGACCACAAAACAAGUACCUGAUAAGGCAUAAGUCAAGAAUAGAGUGGUUGUGUAUAGUGUGGAGCAAGCAGGUGGUUUCUUUUUGCUUAAUGCUUCACCUUCUUGUAGCCAUCAACAAGGUGAAGUAAUGAACUCUCCUUGGGAGAAAUGGGAAUUGGGCACAUAGGCCAAGAACAGUAUCCAGGAAUUGAGAAAACCUGUGGCCCUAGCCUAGUAGACAUAGAUUAAGCUGGAAGGUGGCGUGCAACAGUUUUAACAGCUGGGGUUCAAUACCAUUGUGUUGUGAGGAAAAGCAUCACCUGUUCUGGCAGGUGCCUUCAUUCCCACCCAAUGGUGAUACCUGCCUUACUGUUAUUGAAACUGAUUGACUGCCAGCCAAACUUGUUACUAUCUACGGACAUCAGAGGUAUAAACAGUAUUGCAAGGUGUCCCAUGUUUGAUAACAGCAUUGUAUAUGGUCCCUGUUUCUGGCUUCUCUAAUAUGGAGAAUGUGGGUUUGUCUGAACACAUUGAAUCCAAGUUCAUUUAAAUGAGGAAGAGAUGUUUAGGCUACUUCAUGCAUCAUCUCUUGAAUAUAAAAGAGAGAGAUAUGCAAGUCAGACAGACACUCCCCACUGAUCCCUUGUGCACCUAUCCCACAGGAGUCUAGGGAGGAACAAAGUUCUUUAUAAGUUUCUCCAUUGUUUUGAUGGCUGUUGCAGAAAAUUAUGGAAUGAUAUCACCACAAUUCAAUAAUUUUAUGGUUAUACUUGAAAAAUUAAGGAAGGAUUCUCACUAGAGAAUCUUGGUGUGAACUUUUGGUGAAAUGUGAAUGUGUGUGUGUGCACACAGAUGUGUGCAGAUGUGUAUGUGUGUGUGUACAUACUUAGGGGUCCUUGGCCAUAAUGUAUCACUACUCACCAGCAGAACCUCACAAUGGCAAAGCAACUUAAGUCCCUCACCAGACCACAUUUAUCUGAUAUCCUGUUAGGUUUGAUCAUUAUUGUCAUUUGAAUGAGAAUUUGGUAUUUCUGCUUGUGACAACUUUUCAAGUGCGCCAUGCAUCCCAGCACAAUAGUAGAGAAAAAAAGUCAAGCUACAAAAAAUAUCUUUAACCUAUUCCUUUACUGUCCCAUUGGGGUCAUUGUUGCCAGCCAGAGUUUAUUGCUGUUUCAAGCUUGGCAUGAAGCGAAGUAUGCCUUGUGUGUGUCUGUAGAUCUGCAGCCCUACAUACCUUGUCCUGUUCAUGGCUCUGUCAGUUGUUUAUAUACAUAUAUAUAUAUAUAUAGCAAAAAUGUUUAUGUUGUGUUUGCUUGGAGAAGAUGAGGAGGGUGGAGCACGGAGUUGUGGUGAGGCAGAAUGGAAAAAGGAGUCAGGGCAUCUACAGUUUAUAUUAUUUAGGCUACAAAGCAAACCACAGUAAGUCACAUGGAAUCUAAAAAAUUUUCUUUAAAGUAGCUCAAGUCAAGUGAUACAGUUCUAUAAGCUCUGGCAUGGCACUCAUGUGUACUGUUUGGUCAUCUCUUCUAUAUUUCAGAUAGUCAUUAUGAUAAUUUCUUAGUGGCCUAAGAGUUGAAUAUACAUACUACCCAUGUUUUGUGUCCCGCUUUGUGCUUUAAGUUAUCUCUCACAAACGUACUCCAGACGGCAAGUUUAUGUUUACCUGAUAACUUUAUGUACCUUUCUGAACAUUCCUACUUGAUUAAUGAAGAGGAGGGAGCCAGCCCAGGCCUCCAGGGCAUACUCUAGUUUGCUUUCAGAAUCACUUACCCCAUUCUCCCAGCCUCUAGUGUAAUCAUUUAGGUUCCUUUGAACCAGUCUUUGUUGUUCUAUAUUGUUUCUAAGUUCCUCAGAUGGAGCUUUAGCAUGUGGGUGGCCAUCAAAGCAGAACUCUUCCACCCCUGCUGUUGGCCCCCUUGCUGAGCACCAUAGUAAUCUGUGUAGUGAUAUUCACCCCAAGAUAUUUUAGUUUUUCUAGAUCUUAUUGCAAACAAGCAAGUAUGUUGAUCUUAGCAGUAUUGCCAUAUAUUGCUGAUUAUAAGCCAAGCAUGAAAGUAUAGUCAAGGAUUGACUUGAUUACCACAGUGGCCCUUAGUUCUGCAACAACAAUUUUUUAGAGUAAUGAGAAUGCUGGACAGUUUUGGUUUAUUUGUGAUGAAUUUUCUGUUUUAUCAAGGAAAAUCUUUCUUCCCAUGAUUUAUUUUAUUUAUUUUAUUUUAUUUAUUUCUUCGUCUAGUAAGGAGUAUCAUUUAUCAAAUUAUUAGUUUCAUGAGUAACAUUUCUUCAAUUUUUUUGAGAAAUCAAGUAAACUUUAUGGAUGAAUCAAAACAAUCAACCACAGGGUUUCCAUUCGUUAUAAGGGAACUGUUAUUUUACACUGGUAAAAUGUGAACUGACUCCAGCUAAACCAUACCUAUACCUGCUGCUAUUAUUGAAUGUCCUGCCAAUCUCAGUCAGACCUUGAGUUAUAUGUCAAGUGGCUUAUAUUCAGUCAUUUAUGUGGUGUAGAGACAUACACUGUGUUAGUCUUAUUAGUCUUAAGUACACAAUGUUAUUCAAGCAGUCUUUACUAGUGUUAAGUACACAUUUGAAGGUGUACCAGUCUGGAGUGUGUGAACCACAAGACACACACUGUAGUUUUCUUGAUAGUAUUAAGUACACACAUGUAAGUGUAUCGAUCUUACCGGUGUUAUUGACACACACGUCAGUCUUACCAGUGUCAAGGACACAUGUAAGUGUAUCAGUUUAGGUGUGCAGUACACAGUGUAAGUGUAACCUGCAAAGGUGUACUUAGUGUUGUUGCUAAGAAAGAAAAAAAUCCCCUCUAAGUCUUACUCUCAGAUAUUGUACAUGACUUGUUUAGCUAAUUCUUUAAAGUAUGUUUGUUUUCUGCAAACAUAGAAGCAGAAUAGUGGUGGUGAGGAGAGCCAGCAGCUGCAUAGGCCCAGUCCUUUCUGAGGUUGGCAACACAAACUUGCCUCUGUUGAAGCACCCACCAUAAAAAAAUGUUAUGUAAUAACAGGUUCACUUACAAACCCCGGUAUAUUUUAGAGCAUAGUUGAAAAUGUGCUUUGCUGCACAAAUUGCUUAAUGAGUGUCUUAUACAAUGAUACCAAAAUGCUUCACAAAAGCAACUCUUGAAACAAAAUAUACGUACAUACUACUCUUGAAUAUCUCUGCAGUCUAGCAUAUUUUAAACUUUAUUGAAGCAUUUACAUUGCUUCAUUUGCAUACUGAAAUGAAGUUGAAGAUAACUCUUUAAGCAUUAAGAGCAGUCAGCAGUCACAAGAAUCUGAACAAAAUCCCCAAUGUGAUGGCCUCCCAGUGUGUGACAUACAGGACAUGAGUGGCCACUGUGCUGCAACUCUUAUGCAACUAAUAUUAAACACAUCAAAAUGUGAAAAAAAUGGGCCCAAACCUAAUAAAUCAGUGGAGCAUUGUCUCUCCUCAUUAGCUGUAAGGUCCUCUGUUACCUGAUAUUUGUGAUUUCUAUGUAUGCAUCUGGAAAAUGCACCUACAGCACCCCCCCUUUGACUGAGGCUACCCCACUGUCCUCUCCCACUACCAAGUACAGGAUAUCUUAUGUCCCCAGCUUCACCCUAAACCCAAAAGCAUUCAGAUUUCCCUACUAUUUCAGUGUUUUCAACAGUAAGUUUUCUAUAAUACCCACUGCAUUGCCUUUCCCAUUUUUACCCCUUUUCUUCUGUUGUAAUACAUUUUGGUUGGCUCGACAAAUUAUAUAUUUCUCGUGUGUGCUGGCUCUUACUCUCUCUUUCAGUGUUGGCCAAUCCUCCCUCCACUGCUUUCCUCCCCCUCUCACUCCCUCACACUUUAUGGCAGUGUCAAUAGACUCAGUGGGGUCUGCUGACCGUCAAGGCAAGGGAGGUGCAGACUACAAUCUAAGUCAGUUUCCCUGUAGUGUCUAAUUUAAGCAUUUCCACAGGACCCAGUGAGACCAAAUUAGUAACCGGAAGAUGUGUAUCAUAGUAAGCCAUCAACCAGUGAGAAACUUAACAAAUGAAAAAAUGUAUAUGUUAGGUUACAAUGUGAAACCAAGAAUUGGUGUUUAUAUUUCCUGUGAAAAUGUUAUGACAAUUGAUGGUCUAAGGAUGUGAAAACAAGAUCAUCUGAUUAAGUUUUUGGAUCAGAUUGCUAGGAGUAGUGCAUUACUUGACCAUUACCCAAGUAGGCAGUGAGCCAGCUGUGUAUGGCAUGAGCCUUCCCUCCCCCCCCUUGCUCCCAAAUGCUGCAGUGCUUGCUUCGACCUAUGCCAGCCUGCAUGACAUAGUGCUUUCCCCCAGAGAAGUCAUUCCUCUAUUAGAGACCCUGAUAGCAAGAGAAAGAAAGAGGGAGAGGAAGCACAACCAGUUUGACCUGGAAAUGUAACCACACAGACCUCUUGUCUUUUUAGAAAUAUGAAUAUCAGUGACUCAUUUGCUUCAUGUCAUGUCAUGUACCCCUUAAAAUAACCAUACUGAUAUUAAACAGGAAUAAAUGUUUUGUCCUCCACUAUUCUUUGCUCUCUCUCUGUCUCUCUCUUAGGGUCUCAGUUACUGCAAAGCUGUUGUUGAGCCUUGUGCCACAUUAUAUUAGUACCACAUAACCUGUUAUUGGCAUUGUGUAAAGCACAAUUAACUAAGCACUACAUAUAAUUAAAUGUAUAACAAACAGCUUGCUGUAUAAAACUCAGACUACUCAUGAGCUGAGUCCUCCCUCUGUACUCAGCCUGCUGGUGCCAUACACAGAAAGCUGCUACACUUUAGCUAUUAUAACAAGGAAUUUACUCAGUCUUAGGUUCUUCAAUUUUCAAAGAUCUUGUGGCUAUUUUUGGUCUCUAGUGUCUAGAUUAGCAUGUAGAAAAUAUUAUGAAUAAAAUUUAUUUUUGUGGCAUA